AUGGAAGAUAUAGUCUUAGGCUUCGCUGCGAGGCCUCCGCAUCCUCGCCAUCCAACAGAUGCAUCACUAGCGAGUCCAUCUGCCGCAACGAGCAGUUCGGGAGGAAGCGCGUUCUCGGCAUCGCCAAUGAGUCUGAUGAUCACCACUUCGCAACAUGCAUCACCUUCCUCUCUGGAUCACCCCCUUAAAGCGGGCACCACCCGUGCCGCAAUGUAUGCCGCCUCGCAUAUUGGCCUGCGUACCCGCGCCUCCUUCAAUAGCCCAUUGGUUCGACUUCACCGCAAACUGAGAGCUAUUUCAGAGUCUCCAGUGUCUAAUAUCGCGGGGGAUCAUGCGAAGAGACUCAAGGCUCCGGACUCUGAGUCCGAGUCUGAACAGUCAUCAGUGUCAGAAGAGCCGUUUGAUGGGGCCAAUGUCCCAGUCAAGCACUCAAAUCACACUAAUACCCUUCCUCGAGACAUUCUCGUGCGAAUAUUCGACUUUUAUGCCGAGAACCUGUGGCUAGAUGUGAAUUACUUGCCAUUCGCAAGCCUCGAGACACUGCUUCUUGUAUGUAGUCGCUGGAGAGACGUUGCUGAGCAGCAUGGGGCUAUGUGGGCCAAAUUUCACAUCGUCCUGUUUAAUCAACGCGACGUCGGAAGAUGGUUAACUCGGAUCAGGAGACGACGAGGACGUAUCAGCGCACACACUUUUAUGGAUAUCAGCAUCCGAGACGGAAGAGAUCUCAGCUCGUGCGAACCUCCCACCGACCCUUCUGGGCUUUCGAACCCCGCAGCAUUUCUCGCUCACCUCAAUGAUCUGGUCUCUUUGAUAACAGAACUGGAAGGAAACAUGGAUAAUGGCUGGGGUACGCUCAGGUGGAGGAGCUUUCGCCUCGCCAUGCCGUCCAACUUUCCCGAAGUCAUCAACCAACUCGAUGGUGACGCCAAAGACGUGGCCUGUUCGCACCUCAACAGUAUAUUCCCGCUCAAGAUGCUAUUUCUCGAGUCACUCGAGCUCGAGAAUGUCGGAUGGAUAUCACCUACUGAUGGUAGCUUCGCCCAUUCCCAACUUCCACCGAUAUUUCAAUGGUUUAUCACCUCGAUCAAAGUGCUUGAUCUGUACAAUUGCCAUCUUCCAACCCUUCCCAUGCUCGAUGGACCACACAGGCUUCACCUCGAAUAUUGCUCUCACUGGAAUGGAUCACGCAAACAAUGGGAAACAGCUGGUCAGAGAAAUGACUCGAACGAUCUCAUAGAAAUGCAAGUCUGGACAGAUCUACAAACGCUCACUAUCGGCCCACUCACCGCGCCCAUCGUACCUCUCUAUCUCCCAUCCCUUCGUACAUUCGAGAUCAUAGUUUGGUGGGGUCAUGAGCACAUAGCACUCACCCACAUAUCUACACUCUCCUUAGAGAGUCUACAUACACUCAUUAUAUCCUGGCCAGACACUCGUUUUGCCCAUCUUUCUCCUCCGCUUCCUACUUCUACCCAGCUUGACACGAUCAAGAACGGAAUCACCGACUUGUUUGCAAAUGCAAGGGUGGUUAAAGUCAUCGAGGCGCCGAGAACGAUCCUCGUCAGUAUUCUCAGCCUUUUACACGAGCACGCCUCCACCCUUUCACCAUUCAGAAACGAAACAAGACAUCUAAUUUUAUAUGAAAAAGCACACAAACUACGAAUAUCGCUCACCGGCGAUGAGAGUGCCAAGCAGCUCAAGGAUAUUGCGCUUCGGCACUUUCAUCUCACCCUCCCUUAUUGGCACUCUACGUCUCCGAUGACGGGCAUAGCCACUCGACGAGUGAAUCGAGGGACUAGCGUAGAUCUCGAACCUAUUUUUGGAGACAUUAUGUCACCUAUCUGA